CAAAUCCCUAGCUAAAUAAUUUAUCUUAUCAUAAUUAUGGUUUCUCUUUUGCAAAAAUCAAGGCAAUUUAGCUUGUUGUUUUCAGUAGUGGUAGUAUUAGGAAUGGCGAGAUUAUCAAAUGGAUAUGCUACUUAUUUCAAGCCAAGUAAAUGGAAAUACGCUCAUGCAACUUUUUAUGGUGAUGAUAGUGCCUCUGAAACAAUGGGAGGAGCAUGUGGAUAUGGAAAUUUGUUCAACAACGGGUAUGGUACCAAUACAGCAGCAUUAAGCACCGUAUUGUUCAACAAUGGAUAUGGUUGCGGUAGUUGCUAUCAAAUAAUGUGUGUCGGGUCAAAAUGGUGCAACCGUAAUGGUUAUGGCCAUGGCUCGACUUCCAUUACCGUCACUGCUACUAACCUAUGCCCUCCAAAUUGGGCUCAGGAUAGCAAUGCCGGCGGGUGGUGCAACCCUCCUAGAGCCCACUUUGACCUCUCCAUGCCUGCAUUCAAGAAAAUUGCCUUUUAUAGGGCCGGCAUUGUUCCAGUUCAAUAUCGGAGAGUUCCAUGUGGAAAGAAAGGAGGUAUAAGAUUUAGCCUACAAGGGAACAACUACUGGCUACUAACGACGGUAAUGAAUGUUGGUGGUGCGGGUGACAUAGCCAAAAUGUGGGUGAAAGGUUCAAGAACGGGGUGGAUUAGCAUGAGCCACAAUUGGGGAGCAUCUCACCAAGCAUUUGGUCAAUUAGGAGGCCAAUGUCUUUCUUUCAAAAUCCAAUCUUACUCCACUCGUGAAACUAUUAUUGCUUACAAUGUUGUCCCAGCUUAUUGGAGUGUAGGCAUGACUUAUCAAGCCAAAGUCAACUUCCGAUGAUUCAAUCAUUACCCUUGAUUUUCUGUAUGUAUUUAUAUUUUCCCUUGGUUGGUCAAUGUUGUUGCAAACAUCGCCUAUUUAGAUGUAUUGCCUAUUGACCCUUGAAUAGAUUUAAUUCCUUGUAUCUUAAGUGUAGCCUAUUGAGAAAAUGUGUGGCUCCAAAGGUACAAAUGUUAAUGCAAAUUUUCAUAUUAUCAAGUUAAAUAGUAAA